UCUCACUUCUCUAGUUCUUUUCUCCUCUGUUUCUGUCUUCCAUCUUUCCUGGCUCUCUGCUACAAUGACGGACACAACAGAUGAUAUUGCAGAGGAAAUCUCGUUCCAGACCUUUGAGGAUGAUUGUAGGUUACUUGGCAGCCUUCUCAACGACGCCCUUCAGCGAGAGGUUGGGACUCAAGUCAUGGAGAAGCUCGAACGAAUGCGAGUCCUAGCUCAGAGUGGUUGUAAUAUGAGAAUGGCGGGAAUCGUGGACACAGCCGAGCUGCUUGAGAAGCAGUUGGCGUCGGAGAUAUCAAAGAUGACUCUAGAAGAAGCCUUAACUCUCGCCCGAGCAUUCAGCCAUAAUCUCAAUCUGAUGGGUAUUGCUGAGACCCAUCACAGGGUGCGUAAGACACGCAGCGUUCCCCAUUUAUCAAAAUCUUGUGACGAUACAUUCAACCAAUUGAUACAGGGAGGAUUUUCUCCGGAUGUGCUCUAUGACACUGUCUGCAAGCAGGAGGUUGAGAUUGUUCUUACUGCUCAUCCCACCCAAAUCAACCGGCGCACCUUGCAGUACAAACACAUUAGAAUUGCUCAUCUCCUGGAGUAUAAUGAUCGUCCUGAUCUUAGCCAUGAAGAUCGAGAGAUGUUCAUUGAAGAUCUGGCGAGGGAGAUUACUGCAAUAUGGCAGACAGAUGAACUGAGACGCCACAAGCCUACGCCAGUAGAUGAAGCUCGGGCUGGCUUACACAUUGUGGAGCAGUCCCUUUGGAGAGCUGUGCCUCAUUAUUUACGUCGUGUCAGCACUGCCCUGAAGAAGCAUACGGGUAGAGCACUUCCACUGACCUGCACACCAAUAAAAUUUGGGUCUUGGAUGGGAGGUGACAGAGAUGGAAAUCCCAAUGUGACAGCGAAGGUGACGAGAGAUGUUGCUCUUUUGUCUCGUUGGAUGGCGAUUGAUCUCUAUAUUCGGGAAGUUGACAACCUCAGAUUUGAACUUUCCAUUAAUAGAAGCAGUGAUCAGCUGUCAGAACUUGCCCAUGAGAUUCUACAGAAAGAAAAAGCAUCAGAGGAUCGGCAUGAGAGUUGGAACCAAUCAUUAAGUAGAAGUCAGUCGAAAAAGCUUUACAACCAACAGGCUUCAGCAUUGCCAACACAACUUCCAGUCGGUGCAGAUCUGCCGUCUUGCACAGACUGCAAUGAUGGAGAAUCUCAAUUGCCCAGACUGGAGAUUCCACGCACUGAUUAUAUGGCACUGAGUUGUCAGGAUUCCCCAAGUUCAGAUUUUUCAUCAACUCAAAACUUGCAAAAAGCAUCUGGAAAUGGAGUUCUAGCUGCAAUCAGAACUUCAUCAUCUUCUAAUAAUCUCCAGACAGUCGUGACACCAAGGAGUCCAUCAUUUAGCUCCAGUCAGCUCCUUGCCCAAAGGAAGCUAUUUUCGGAAUCUCAGAUAGGAAGGUCCAGCUUCCAGAAGCUUCUAGAACCGAGCCUACCUCAACGACCUGGAAUUGCCCCUUAUAGAGUUGUUUUGGGAAAUGUUAAAGAUAAGCUCAUGAAAACACGAAGACGACUGGAGCUUCUCCUUGAAGGUCUUCCUUGUGACCAUGAACCUUGGGAUUACUAUGAAACAUCAGAACAACUUCUGGAGCCUCUACUGCUCUGCUAUGACUCCCUGCAAUCAUGUGGAUCUGGAGUCCUUGCUGAUGGGCGUCUUGCUGACUUGAUCCGAAGAGUUGCUACCUUUGGAAUAAUAUUAAUGAAGCUUGAUUUGCGCCAGGAAUCCAGUAGACACUCUGAAACAUUGGAUGCAAUUACUAAAUACCUGGAUAUGGGUGUCUAUAGUGAAUGGGAUGAAGAAAAAAAACUUGAGUUUCUAACUAAAGAGCUCAAAGGCAAGAGACCUUUAGUUCCUCCUACCAUAGAGGUUGCUCCUGAUGUAAAAGAGGUCCUCGAUACUUUCCGUGUUGCUGCUGAACUAGGAACCGAUUCACUUGGAGCAUAUGUUAUUUCCAUGGCUUCCAAUGCGAGUGAUGUCCUUAUUGUGGAGCUCUUACAGAAGGAUGCACGACUUGCUCUGAGCGGGGAGCACGGGAGACCAUGCCCUGGGGGAACGUUGCGGGUAGUCCCCCUAUUUGAAACAAUGGAAGACUUGAGAGGAGCUGGUUCAGCAAUCAGGAAGUUGUUAUCAAUUGAUUGGUAUCGAGAGCACAUAAUAAAAAACCACAAUGGACACCAAGAGGUCAUGGUUGGGUACUCAGAUUCUGGUAAAGAUGCUGGGCGCUUUACUGCAGCAUGGGAACUUUACAAAGCCCAAGAGAGAGUUGUAGCAGCCUGCAAUGAGUUUGGAAUAAAAGUAACCCUCUUCCAUGGGCGAGGUGGGAGUAUUGGGCGUGGUGGUGGGCCUACCUAUCUUGCCAUACAAUCCCAACCACCCGGUUCUGUGAUGGGUACGCUCCGCUCAACAGAGCAAGGGGAGAUGGUGCAAGCCAAAUUUGGAUUACCACAGACGGCUGUGAGACAGAUGGAGAUCUACACAACAGCUGUGCUGCUUGCAACCCUAUGCCCCCCACAGCCCCCUAGAGAAGAGAAAUGGUGUAAUCUUAUGGAGGAGAUAUCCACAAUCAGUUGCCGCCAUUACCGGAGCACUGUAUAUGAGAACCCAGAGUUCCUUACCUACUUCCAGGAAGCUACCCCACAGUCUGAGCUUGGUUUCCUUAACAUAGGGAGCCGACCCACAAGAAGAAAGAGUUCGAUAGGCAUUGGACAUCUUCGGGCGAUACCAUGGGUAUUUGCAUGGACCCAGACCCGGUUUGUACUCCCUGCUUGGCUUGGUGUGGGUGCUGGCCUCAAUGGUGUAUGCGAUCAUGGAUGCACAGAGGACUUGAAAGCUAUGUACAAAGAAUGGCCUUUCUUUCAAUCCACCAUAGACCUUAUAGAGAUGGUACUGGGGAAAGCUGACAUUCCUAUAGCCAAGCACUAUGAUGAAGUGCUAGUAUCACCGAGCAGGAGGGAGCUUGGUGCUGAGUUAAGGAGGGAGCUAGUAACAACAGAAAAGUAUGUGUUGGUGGUUAGUGGCCAUGAGAAGCUCUCUGAGAACAAUCGAAUUUUGAGACGACUUUUUGAGAGCAGACUCCCAUAUCUCAAUCCAAUCAACAUGUUACAGGUGGAGAUACUGAGGAGGUUGAGAUCCGAUGAUGAUAACCAUAAACUUCGAGAUGCAUUACUUAUCACUAUAAAUGGGAUAGCUGCUGGCAUGAGGAACACAGGUUAAGUGCUAUAUACAUGUCAAGCUUCAAUGCCGGAACAACUUAAAUGAGAUAUCCUGAUAAGCCGGUUGGAUUGUGUCUUCCAUUUGCUCAUUUGUUGUUAAGUUGAUAUAAUAUGGAAUUUGUAUUUGACAUAAAUUAAACAAGUUCUACCAGGUAUGAGCAAAAGGGGUUUUUUGGUCCUUGUAUUGA